AUGAUAACAAACGGUGUUCGUCUCCCAACCCCCACACACAAACCCCCAGCUCCCUCCCAUCCCUCUCUAUACGUUGCAUGCUCAGACUCAAAAACAAGAGACUUAUCAUCAAGAUAUCUGCGAGCCAUAACACAGUCCAUGGAGGGAAGAUGGGGUUGUGGAUGCUUCUUCUCCUGCAUUUACACCUUGGUAAUGCUCCCUGGAUUGAAGGUGGGGAGGAAGUAUGGGGUUUAAAUGUGGUGUGUGUUUCCCUCCCUGCACCCUCAAACGUCUCCAUUUCUUCCUUCAACAUGGAGCAUACUCUCAGCUUCCUGCCUGGCCCAGAGACCCCCACCAGCACCAACUUCACCGUUGAAAUCCUCCGCUUAAGGAGGAAUAGAUCGUGGAAACCAGUGGCUGGUUGUUCAGAGCUGACGGCUGGACAGACAUGUAAUCUAACACAAGCCUUCAAAGACCCGUUCGAUCACUAUCAAGCUCGUGUCCAGGCCUUUACACCCAACCGGACCUCCAACUGGACGAUGUCUGGGUGGUUUCAGCCUCUGACAGACACUAUGUUGGGACCUCCUGAUGUGUCCGUGUCCGGCUGUGGGAACUGUUUGAUCCUGAAGGUCAGAGUUCCUCCAACAAGGGGGCUUCAGCUCCAUGAAGAACUUGUUUUCCAUGUGCAAAGGACCAGGGAUGGUGCACAGUUCAAACUGAAUCUGCAUUACCAGGAGGAGAUCACGAUCUCGUACCUGCAGCCAGGUGUGGAGUACUGUGUGACCGUCACUGUGAAAGCACGUUUAAACUCCAACGCUGUCCCCAGUAAAUCUCACUGUGCCUUCACCAGCCCUCCUCAACCCUCCUCAAGCUCACUGCACGUAGUCUUCGGCCUGCUGGGUGCGUUCUGUGCACUGGGCUUUCUCCUCAUUGGAUUGGUUGUCUACGGCAGUCAGCUCAGCUUCAAAUUACGACGACGACUCUUCCCCAGAACUCUGUCCUACUUCCUCCUCCAAAGCCACAAUCAUGGAAAUGCAUCGCCUGAAUGCUCAGGUCACAUCUCAGCCAUGCAGCUACACAAGGAAGGCUCUGCAGACUCCCUUCUGACUGUCCAUAGGCAUGUUGAACCACUGAGGAGCAGCUCCGAGGAGGGGGAGGAAAACUUCCUUUAACUCUUCCGACUCUUUCAUUACAUUCUGUUAAAAUAACUUUUAUAACCCACAGAAUAAUGGAUAAAAUAGGAAAUAAAUUGACUGAACUAGGUUUCAUGCAUCAGUCCAUGCAUAGUUCAUGCAAUAAUUUGAGUAUUAUAACUGAAUAUAGUUUGUGUUUUAUUACUGUAAGUGUCCAUUCUGUUAUCUGUUGUGGAGAAAUUGCUGAAGUCAAAGGUCAAUGGUGAGGUCAUGAAGGAUGAAAGUGUUCAGGAGCCUCUGAUGUCUUAUG